AUUUAUGCUCAAACAAUGCUUCAGCCUGAUAUUGUAAAGCCAUAUCUUCACUUCAUGAUGGCUCACUUUCAUUGUUUGAUGUUAGCUUUCUUCAUUGCUUUGUUGUUUUCAAGCAUCAAUGUGGCCCUAGGAGCUCGUCAUCUUUUGGACACUGCCAAGGCUUCAUCUAAAGCGCCAACCUUGCAGGUUGUGCCUCCUGUGCCUAAGCCUAAAUUGCCCCCUUUGCCUCCAUUGCCUUCAAUCCUUACAUCACCACGACACGCAUCACCAGAAUCUCGAGAGCCUAAAAAGGCUUUGUCAUCACCUCCAUCACAAUUGCCACCAGCUCCAAGUUCAAAUACACCCACAUCACCGGAAUUGCCUAAGCCUAAGAUAGCUUUGUCAUCACCUCCACCAUCACAAUUGGCACCAGCCCCAAGUUCAACUCCACCCACAUCACCAGAAAAGCCUAAGCCUAAAAAAGCCUUGUCAUCACCUCCAACAUCACAAUUGGCUCCAGCCCCAAGUUCAACUACACCCACAUCGCCACAAGUACCGCCUAGUACUUCGACUUCAUUGACACCCACAAUAUCACCAUUGGCACCACCUCACCCAACAUUUCCAAAGCUCAUAUUGCCUCCAUUGCCUCACUUAGAGUUACCACCUUUGACUAAGCCCGUAUUGCCCAAGUUACCUCCAUUGCCAUCUAUUAUCCCUCCUGUUGGAUCACCUAUUUCCCACUUCCACUCCCCACCAAAGUCAACCACUAGGCAUUCUUAAAUAAGUUUAAUGUUAUAUUCCUAGUUCAUGGCACUACCACAGUUAUCUAGAGUUGCAUGUAACAGGAUGCAUGGUCGUUUCACUUUCAAGGAUGACUCAUCUUUUGUGUUCAAUGAUGUCUUUGGGAUGAAGAAUGGUUCGCAUGAGACUGGAUCCCAAGACUGGGGUAAUGCUGUUAUCAAAACUUGUCAUGGAAAGGGAUUCUGAUGUUGAAUCUUUUGUUUCUCUACUCCUUGUGUCAUGACCUUAUUAAGUUUCUUUCUGUAGUUUUAAUAUUGAAACUAUUGAAGCGUGUCUUGUUAUUUUUUGUUUUAUUCAUGGCUUCAUUGUGCUCACAAUUUCGGUUAAUUUUAAGGAAACUACGGUUUUGAUG